AUGGCUGAGAAUAAUGAAACCCAUCAGAGGGACGCCAUCCAAGGUUCAGAACUCCCGAAAGAGAGAAAAAAGCUUAUUCUCAACGCCUUCGUCAUAAACUCACCCGGUCACUUGUCACCAGGCCUUUGGAAACACCCUCGUAAUAACUCAGCAGACUACACAAGCCUGAAGUAUUGGACCGAUUUGGCGCAGCUCCUCGACAAAGCCAACUUCCACGCGCUUUUCGUGGCAGACGUCUUGGGUGGCUACGAUGUCUACAAAGGCCCUGAAAAUGUCGGCCCUGCAGUUCCAUCUGCGGCUCAGUUCCCAAUAAACGAUCCGCUGUACUUAGUACCCGUCCUCGCAGCAGCGACCAAAAACCUCGUCUUCGGAAUCACAGCUAGCACCACUUACGAGCAGCCAUACCAAAUGGCACGUCGUUUCUCCACGGUCGAUCAUCUAUCAGGUGGCAGGGUCGCAUGGAACAUCGUGACUUCAUAUCUCGAGAGUGCUGCCCGUAAUCUUGGGCUUGAUACUCAGAUUGAGCAUGACGAGCGCUACCGCAUUGCAGACGAGUAUAUGGAUGUUGUAUAUAAGCUUUGGGAAGGAAGCUGGCGUGACGAUGCAGUAAAGAAAAAUAGGGAGACAGGCCAGUAUGCGGACCCAGACCUAGUACGUCAAAUACACCACAAAGGGAAAUAUUUCAACGUUCCAGGGCCGCAUCUGUGCGAACCGUCCCCACAACGCACUCCGUUUCUCUUCCAAGCCGGAACGUCCAAGGCUGGCAAAGCGUUUGGCGCGAAGCACGCAGAAGCCAUUUUUAUGAGCGCUCAGCUUCCGGAGCUUGUCCAGCCUGCCGUAAAGAUAAUCAGGGAGCAAGCGAAAGAGAACGGGCGCGAUCCUAGCAACAUCAAAAUAAUUGCGGGCAUAACCAUCAUCGUAGCAGAGACUGAUGAGGCAGCUAAAGCCAAGAGGGAGGAACUCUUGUCAUACGGUGACAGAGAGGGAGCUUUGGCUUUGUUCGGAGGCUGGACGGGUAUUGACCUUUCCACUUAUACGGAUGAUGAGGAUUUCCGUUUCGUGAAAGACUACUCCGUCCGAUCAGUUGUUGAUAGAUGGAGCUCAACGGUACCGGGAAGUGAUAAUCUGCCCUGGAACAAAUCCCGGAUCGCCGAGUACUUGAUCCUCGGAGGUACUGGCGCCAAGGCCAUAGGUAGUCCCAAGACAGUUGUCGAUGAGCUGGAAAGAUGGGUGGAUAUAGGGGGUAUUGAUGGGUUCAACUUUGCCAAUGUCACGAUCCCAGGUUCUUUUGAGGAUAUAAUCGACUUCGUACUUCCAGAACUUCAGCGGCGUGGUCUUUUUAGGACAGAGGUGGAGAAGGAAGGUGUCACGACGCUCCCUGCUGGCACCAAACCUCAAAAAACUCUCAAGAGUCACGCCACCAUUCGCAAACUUGAAGCAAUGGAUAGCGGCGAUGAGUCGAUAUUCGCCUUCCCCUUCCAAGACUUGGAUUACAUCCCAUACGGCUUCAGUAGCGAUACAGCGCCAUACAUAGAGACUCCCAUUGCCACGCUGCGUGCAGCUGCGACUCUCAUGUGCCUGGGUCUGAGUUCCGGCGGCGGAGUAGCGUUGGCACCUCAAAACACCGUACCCACAGUAGUAUGUGACUUGGGCUGUGGAGAUGGCGAGUUCCUGAUCAGCUUGCUCGAUCACAUCAACAAAACCUCAAAUUCUAUUGCUACAGGCGUAGGAAUUGACUACGAUACAGCGCUCAUCAAAAGUGCCGGCGUAGCAUCAGAAAUCAGAGGCGUCGAUUCUCAGUGGCUCGUCUACGAUUUCAACGACGACCAAGAUGAUCUCGUCAACCAACUCAUCAACAUUCACCGAGUCACUCACGUCUUCAUUGCCCUCGUACCAAAACAACUGGCGUUGCUUACUGUCCGCGGAAUCCUGACGCGGCUUUGCGAGAGCGGGGUUGUGGUUUGCUGCUACAAGUUCCACCCACUGUACCUCACGCCGGUGAAAAGAGACGUUUUGAUGGAUUUGGUGGUGUAUGACAGGACGAGUUGUGGAGAGGUCAUUACGGUCAAAGUGUCAUCUGUUGGAGCGAAAGCAAAGUAA